AUGUCGAACAUCCCGUCUCCUCACCAUGAGAGCGCUACCGCCUAUCCAGAGUUUGAUACUCGACGCUUGUUGGAGACGGUCAGGACAGCACUUGAAGCAUCAUCCGCCCCUGAGCAAUGCCACGGGGAAAUAAUCGACCUCGUAGAAUCAGGUCUCAAGAGUCAGACGUACCAGAGUCAACAAGACACCUCACUGUACCCCGAUGAUCGAAACGAUGGUCAAUAUGCCAACUUCAGUGCUCUUUCUAGAGAAGAAGGUGCAGGAGCAGCGACCCGCUCAAAUGGUUCGCUAUAUGCCGGAGAAUUCUCCGGAUAUGAGCAUCCUCCGGGCUCCUGGACGCAACCCUCAGCCUCUGGUCUGAGCUCAGCCUCGACUCAACCUGAUUCUUUCAUUGAUGGCACAUCAUCCGAACUCAAUAUCCCCCAUUGGCCGCCUCAACAAGGCGAGCAUUCGAACGCGCACACCGAGGGGUGGGAGCCUUUCGGUUUUGGUCAGUAUCCUGAUGCGCCACCAGCGUUUGCGGAGACAUCCGUCACCAAUCAGCACAGACACUCUCCACACUGCGAAGUUCAGCCUGAAGCCUAUGAAGUCCAAGGCAAUGGAGGUGAGCAAGGCUGGCGCGCUUAUGAUAUUUGA